UAGUGAGAAUCAUUUAUGAUGAUUCUAAAACAUAUGAUUUGGUUGCUGCCGCAAGCAAAGUCCUUAACCUUAAUGCUGGAGAAAUCCUUCAGAUGUUUGGAAAGAUGUUUUUUGUAUUUUGUCAAGAAUCUGGUUAUGACACAAUCUUGCGUGUCUUAGGCUCAAAUGUCAGAGAAUUUUUACAGAACCUUGAUGCUCUGCAUGACCAUCUUGCUACGAUAUACCCAGGAAUGCGUGCCCCUUCCUUUAGGUGCACGGAUGCUGAAAAAGGGAAGGGUCUCAUUCUACAUUACUAUUCAGAAAGAGAAGGCCUCCAAGACAUUGUCAUUGGAAUCAUCAAAACAGUUGCUCAGCAAAUCCAUGGCACAGAAAUCGACAUGAAGGUUGUUCAACAAAGAAAUGAAGAAUGUGAUCACAUUCAGUUUUUAAUUGAAGAGAAGGAGUCUAAAGAAGAGGAUUUUUAUGAAGACCUGGACAGAUUUGAAGAGAAUGGUACCCAGGAGUCUCGAAUCAGUCCAUAUACUUUCUGCAAGGCUUUCCCUUUUCAUAUUAUAUUUGAUAGAGAUCUUGUUGUCACCCAGUGUGGCAAUGCAAUUUAUAGGGUCCUUCCACAGCUCCAACCAGGAUACUGCAAUCUCUUGUCAGUAUUUUCUUUGGUUCGGCCUCACAUCGAUAUAAGUUUCCAUGGAAUCCUCUCACAUAUCAAUACUGUCUUUGUACUGAGGAGCAAGGAAGGGCUGCUGGAUGUGGAAAAGCUGGAGUGUGAAGAUGAAUUAACUGGUACCGAAAUUAGCUGCUUACGUCUUAAGGGUCAAAUGAUCUACUUACCUGAGGCAGAUAGUAUUCUCUUUCUUUGUUCUCCAAGUGUGAUGAAUUUGGAUGACUUAACCAGAAGAGGGCUAUACCUGAGUGAUAUUCCACUGCAUGACGCUACUCGUGAUUUGGUACUUCUGGGGGAGCAAUUCAGAGAGGAAUACAAGCUGACCCAAGAGUUAGAAAUACUAACGGACAGGCUUCAGCACACAUUAAGAGCACUGGAAGAUGAGAAAAAAAAGACAGACACUUUGCUGUAUUCUGUACUUCCUCCAUCUGUGGCCAAUGAACUGAGACACAAGCGCCCCAUACCAGCAAAGCGUUAUGAUAAUGUCACCAUACUUUUUAGUGGCAUUGUGGGAUUCAAUGCCUUCUGCAGCAAGCAUGCCUCUGGAGAAGGAGCCAUGAAAAUUGUCAACCUUUUAAAUGAUAUUUACACCAGAUUUGACAUUCUGACCGAUUCACGAAGGAAUCCCUUUGUUUAUAAGGUUGAGACAGUAGGAGACAAGUAUAUGACAGUAAGUGGCUUACCAGAGCCAUGCAUUCAUCAUGCCCGUUCGAUCUGCCACUUAGCACUGGAUAUGAUGGAAAUUGCUGGACAGGUUCAAGUUGAUGGAGAGUCUGUGCAGAUAACAAUAGGCAUUCAUACAGGAGAAGUAGUUACUGGUGUCAUUGGCCAAAGGAUGCCUCGUUAUUGCCUUUUUGGAAACACUGUUAACCUAACAAGUCGAACAGAAACCACUGGAGAAAAGGGGAAGAUCAAUGUUUCUGAAUAUACCUACAGAUGUCUUAUGACUCCUGAAAAUUCAGAUCCACAAUUCCACCUGGAACACAGAGGGCCUGUUUCAAUGAAGGGUAAAAAAGAACCAAUGCAAGUUUGGUUUUUGUCCAGAAAGUGCACAGAGACAGAGGAACUGACGCAUGAUGCUAAGUAAGCCAAGAGAAGCACAAGAGGACAACAGGGUGGAACACCGUGUCUUGUCACUAAUUCACUCUGGUAGUAAUUAGAUGCUGCUGCUCAUGCUACAUUCUGUACCUCUGUUCCCAACGCUAACUUUCUUUCUACUGGCUGCUUUUUUGUUGUUGUUAUUCAGUCAGCUUUUGAUAUUGUAAUAUCUCUGGUCUGGUUAUGUUUCUUUUGGUCUUUCUUACCAUCUUGUCCAACAUGAACUAAGAUGUGAAUCCAGCUAACCAUGUCAAUGUAGUGUAUACCGCCAUGUGCUUCCAAUUGCCUUUUCUAGUGUCUGAUCAUCACAGUCUUUAUGGUAGUGUGACUCAAAAUGGUUUGUGGACAAAAAGAAAUUCUAUGUGGAAGAAAAACUCCUAAGCUCAGAGCCUUGAUAUUUUUAUGAGAGUGAUUUGGCAUUCUGAUUUCCACUUACUAUACUAAUCCAUCUGUCUACUAUUGUGAAAUAUUUUAAUUCAUUCUAGGAGCUAGCUUCAAUGCACUGUCAGUUGCUCUUUUCUUAUGUGUUGGCUGUCUGCUGUUGCAACAUAUGCAUCUUCCACAGAAAAGAAGGGCAGUUUGUGUAAUAUUAUUUACUACUUGAAAAUGUGUGCAAAUUUCUACUCUUUCUGAUCACGUUCUCUCCCUUUUCUUUUAACAGUUUAAUUGUGGUAUAGCUGAUUCAUAAUAAACAUUGCCAGACAACUUUUUAAUAUCAUGCAUGAUGAUGUGGGGGGGGGAAGAGACUGUGGUGUUUGUGUAUGGGAGUAGUUCCAAACAAAUCCAUUUGCAAAUCCAGUUCAAGUGCCAGAAUAGGAAAGGACCUUGAGACUGACCAGAUUUAUCCCCAGAUCAGGGUGGCCUAUGAAAAUCCACAAGUCCUCCAUUACUCUAGACAUUGGUAUAAUAUACAUAGAUGAUGGGAAAGGCAUCAUGGCAUGGACUGGGCCAUUUCCCCUCAACUGUACAUACAGAACCAUGUGUGGCACCUUGAUCAAACCUUUGGAUGACUGUGCAGGGGCUGGGGAGGCAGGAUUCAAUCCUUCUUCCCCACCACAUUCAUACUUUCCCAGGAUUCAAAUAGAGCUGCCUGAGCCAGUUGCCGAGGAAAAACUUUAAUUUGUUCUAAUUUUCAAAAGUAUCCUUGUUUUAUUGCUUGAAAUGGGGGGAGGGGAGAUCUGCUAGUAUAUUAAGAUCCUUGAUGAUUCAGAUUCAUCCUGCAACCUUCCAUGUAGACGUGUGUCAGUACAACUGCCAUAUAAACAACGUUCAUAUUUUUAUGAACUUCUGGUUAUCUGUCUUGAGCUCUAGAUUUGUC